CUCCUGCUUCCACUCUGUAUCCAUGCAGUGUGAUCGCUGCUGGGACAAGAGCGCGCAUCACUGACGCAGAAAUGAAACGUGGUUGAAAAGUGAUUUUUGCUCAACUUACUGGGACCCUUCAUUGGAUCAAGUUGGUCGCCGAGAUGGGGCUGUUAGAUGAAGACCUUGCAUUCCGAUCCAACAUACCUGUGCCAGUGGAUAUAACAGUGGCUGUUGUCUACUUUCUAUUUGGAGUUUGUUCACUGUUUGGGAACACCAUGCUGCUGUACGUCUCCUACAAGAAAAAGCACCUCCUGAAACCUGCCGAGUACUUUAUCGUCAACCUCGCCGUUAGUGACUUGGGCCUGACGCUGUCCCUUUACCCUAUGGCGAUAACGUCAAGCAUCUACCACAGGUGGCUGUAUGGGAAAGCAAUGUGCUCCGUAUAUGCCUUUUGUGGAAUGUUGUUUGGCAUCUGCAGCCUGACCACACUAACCCUGCUGAGCAUGGUGUGCUUUGUCAAAGUGUGUUACCCACUCUAUGGAAACAGGUUUAAUUCCGCUCACAGCCAUCUGCUGAUUGCCUGUGCUUGGGUCUAUGCUUUGCUAUUUGCUUGCUCCCCGCUGGCCCACUGGGGUGAAUAUGGACCAGAACCAUACGGCACCGCUUGUUGCAUUGACUGGACACAGUCCAAUCAGCACAGCACGGCGCGCUCCUACACCGUGGUGCUGUUCACCUUCUGCUACAUCCUUCCGUGCUGCGCCAUCGUAGCGUCGUACACGGGCAUUCUGGUCACAGUGCACACAACCCGCAAGACGAUGGAGCGACAUGCAUCGAGGCAGACGCAGAUGAGCAGCAUCCAGACUAUUAUUGUCAAGCUAAGUGUUGCCGUCUGCAUCAGCUUCUUCGCGGCAUGGAGUCCGUACGCUGUGGUGUCCAUGUGGGCCGCUUUUGGACACAUCGACAACAUCCCUCCUCUGGCCUUUGCCAUGCCAGCUAUGUUUGCCAAGUCCUCCACCAUCUACAAUCCAAUCAUCUACCUAAUGCUGAGGCCAACCUUCCGCAGGAUGAUGCACAGGGACAUGGGUGCCCUGUGCCACGUCUGUCUGAGAGGCUGCUUCUGCUCCCAGAGCCCGGCAAAGUGCUGCACCAGGACAGAGAUCAGGGUCAGACUUCGCACGAUUCUCAGACCGACCAACCAAACCCCCUCGUCCAACUCUGGAGCUCAGCCUCCCAUGGUGUUGUCGAAGGAUCACAGUUGUGACAAGUGCGAGGAUGCGUUUGAAUGCUUCAAAAACUAUCCUCAGAUGUGCGGCGUCACAAACCCAGCUGCGAGUAAAGACUCAUCUGUGGAUAAAGUCACACCAGUUCCCCAAAGAGUGUGCCACAAGAAAUCUCUGCUGGCCGCCAUGUGUGCAAAAAAGACUCCCGACACAGACAACCUCCAUAUUAACUUAGAGAUGGUCCCAGGUCAUGCUAGAGUGGCUUGGCCCUGAUGUGCAGUGCUGAGCAACCAUUUUGGGAGGUGUUGGGUCAAGUAAGACUGCUUUCACAAAUAUAAAUUGUAAUUCUUUUUUUUAAAACCAUUUUACAAAAUGCAGAAUGCGCCAACAGAAGAAUGUAAAUCAAAACAGUAUUAGUUCUUCUAGCAACACUUGCACAGAGUUUGAAGGAACUUCUCAGGUAAGUUGUUCCAAACAUCUUGGAGAACUAACCUCAGAUCGUCUGUGGAUUAAAUCCUUCAUUCUCAUCAUGUAAUCCCAGACCAGGGCUCUGUACAGGCCACAUAAUCACUACCAGGACUACUUGUGAAGAUAGUUCUUACCGACAUUGGCUGUGCGUUUGGGGCCAUAAUAAAUUUGGGGCCAAUCAGACGCCUCCCAGAUGGUGCAUGAUGGAUGACUACCUGCUUAUGUUUCUCAGCAUUAAGGACGCCAUUAAUCCUGACCAAAUCUCAAACUCCAUUUGCAGAAAUGCAGCGCCAUACUUGCAAGGAACCUCCAUUAAGCUUCACUGUCGCCUGCAGACAGUCAUUAUCGUCCUGCUCUCUGCCUUCUGUUACAGUCAAAUCACUUUGACUCAUCGUUUUGAUGCAUGGUUGACUCUCUUGUCCUUGUUGUAAUUCUUCCAUGAACACGUCUGGUCACUAAGUGUCAACAUUGCCUGUGUCAUUUGAUCUUCUUCAAAAGAGCCCAGUCAAAUCUUAGUCUGAGAGAGACCUUGUAACUACCUUGACCUGUGACAUCUAACUUUCCUCUGGCUCUUCCACACCGAGAUUUAAGCCUCCCACCCGUCUUUCAACCUACAUUUGGAAAUGACGAUCAUAAGCACCUGUUUGGCAUAAUUGCUCAAUCAUACACCCGACUAUAAUCCUACAUAUUCCCCAAUUUUGUGCAAGUGUACCAUUUGAUUUAGACACGUCUUCUGUUGGAUUACUUUACAUUUCAAACAAUCCAAAUGUAUAUUUGUGAAAUCAUUCUUACUUUACAGCAAACCUGCCUUAGAUUUUUCCACAGUAAUUUAUCUCAAUUUACAAUGUUUACAGAAUGCCUUCGGACAUAUUUUGCAGGUUAUUUUUCUUUGAUUUCAGGAAAUCUCAUUCAGGAAUGUACCACAUGCUACAAACAUGUCGUUUAUUACUUUAACCUCUAUGCAUUAUUUUGGGUAUAGGACUAUGAGCCUGAAGAGUAACAGCUUUACUUCGAAAUGGAUUUUGUUUUUAGUCCAAUCUGCAAUUGAUUUAGCCUUUUUCUUUUCCGAGUUGUCACAACUCUGUCGCUUUUGGAUUUCUGGUUUUCUAACCAAGAACGUAAGCGUGGUUUGAUUGACAAUGACUUACAAUCCUAAAGUUUUAACACUAACAUUUUUGAAGGAGCAGAAUUGACAUUACGUGUUUUCUGUGAGCAAAAGAUAAAAAAUGAAACUGAAAACAUGUUUACAGAUUGUGUGUCACUACAUCGCUGUUGUAUCAUCAAACUAAAGUGGACUUUUUUAGCCAUACAGCCAUAAUUCUAUGCUGUGCACAGGUCACUGGCUGCUUACUUGUCUCAGUAAAUCAUUAUUCCUACAGCGAAUGUCAUUUAGUACCUUUAUAUCCACGGUUUGUUCAUGGUUCCCUUGUGAAAUGGGUAAAAACGUGUAUGUGGUGACAGCCAUAGUCCGACCUGUAGUGGAGUUGACUACACCAGCACACUAUCGUUUACACUUGACAAACGCAGGUAUAUAGUUAAUGGUGCUUAUUCAAUUUCAUACUGUUUGCAGACUACAACACUGCAGCCUAUUAUCAUUAUGGCAUGGCACAACACUUCCUGUCUCCCUGUAUGACUGGAAGUUAAAGUCAUGCCAUUUUCAUAUGGCAUGGAAAUGGACUAUUUCUCAAAUUAAGUAACUCACUUUAUUAUUAUGGGCCACACGGUAGUGUAGUGGUUAGCACUCUCGCCUUGCAGCGAGAAGACCCGGGUUCGAGCCCCGGUUGGAACAAGGGCCUUUCUGCAUGGAGUUUGCAUGUUCUCCCCGUGUGUGCGUGGGUUCUCUCCGGGUACUCCGGCUUCCUCCCACUGUCCAAAAACAUGCAAUGUGGGGAUAGGUAAAUUGGACACUCCAAAUUGACCAUAGGAGUGAGUGUGAGAGUGAAUGGUUGUUUGUCUCUAUCUGUGUGUGGCCCUGCGAUGGACUGGCGAACUGUCCAGGGUGUACCCCGCCUAUCGCCCGAUGUAGCUGAGAUUGGCACAGCACCCCCCGCGACCCUCUGGUUGAGGAUAAAGCGGUAGAUGAUGACUGACUGACUUUAUUAUUAUUUCACUGUAUGGGUACAAGUCAAACAAAUAACACUAAUCCGAGUUGUUCAUAGCAGUUAUUGUAUGUUAUUUCACUGUGCAAAAAUAAACGUACUCAUGACCAAAUCCA